AUGUCUAACGCUUGUGAAACAUUGAGCCCACGUCCGGCAGCAGUGACGGGCCCGAUAACAACGAUAAGUGCAGACAAUUACCUUGGUCUUGAGAGUGAUGGCGAGGAAGGUUCAACCCGAUCGAGCAGAGAUGAGUUCGUUGAUCUGGAGAGUGGCAAUGCCCAGGAGCCAAACACACAGAGAAACGAGAUGAGGUUUGUCUCGGAAGCAGUAAGAAUGAGACAUUUUGGUCCAAAAUUACGAAACAUUGGUUCGCUCCAUUAUGCCAUGUAG